AUGUCGUCGCCGUCGUCGCGCACCUACUGGUGCCAUCAGUGUGCGACCGUCGCCGCCAUCGCGCGCCCUCCCCCCACGCCCUCCAUGGGCGGUCCUCGCUGCCCGGCGUGCGGAGGCGGCUUCGUCGAGGAGCUCCCCGCGCGCGCGCUCGCCGCGCCCGCCACGCUCCCCUCGUCGCCCGCGCGUGCCGACCUCUCGUUCGCCGACGCUUGGGAUGACAUGCGCAGCGUGCUCGCUCAGCGUUCCGAGCACCAGCGCGCCGAGCCGGGGUCAUCGCGGUCGUCGUCGCCCGACAUCGGCGGAAGCGCCGCCAUUGCGCGCGAGGCCGCGUCGCCCCCAACCUCCCCAUCGCCAUCCGACGGCGGCGAGGCUUCCACCGCUCCCACCCGCACAGGCCGCUCCCCGCGUGGACUACGCGACGCCUCUCGCCGCGUCGUCCUGGACUCGCUCGAUCCGCGCGACGACGUGCUUCCGCUGGGCUCGCAGCAUCGCACGAGCGGUCGCAGGGAGUCGCCGAGCGGCGUGUUCGGCGACUACGGCGACGACGAGGACGGCUUGGCGCGCUUCCUGCGCGACAUGUGGGAGGAGUCGUCGUUCCUGGAGGUCGCCACCGCGCAGCUGCGCGCCAGAAGCGCGCCGAUGAGCGACACUGCCCGGGGGCAGGUAGCGGGCAGUGACGACGAGAGUAGCGACGACGCCGUGCCGCCACGCGUGGGUACAUCGAACGCAGCGCCAGCUGCAGCGGGCGUCGUCAGUGAAUCAGGCGAGUUCUCGGGGCGAGAGGGCGACUACUUCCUGGGGGACGACCUCAGCGCGCUCGUGGACCGCAUCGCCACCACACACCCCGCGCCCCACACCAGUUUUCUCCUUCUCUUGUUUCCCACGUUUGCCCUCCCUUCCCCUUCUGCUCCAUCCCCCCCUUCUCCCCGCCCGUCGCUCCCCGCCACCAGCACGCACACGCCAGCGUCGAGGGCGGCGGUGCGGGCGCUGCCGCUGCGCAUAGUGCGCGAGGAGGACGUGGCGGGGGGCGUGGCGGCGUGCGCGGUGUGCCACGAGGACAUGGGCGUGGGCGCCGUGACGCAGCAGCUCCCGUGCCGCCACGCGUACCACAGCGACUGCAUCCUGCCCUGGCUUGCGCAGUCCAACACCUGCCCCGUCUGCCGCUUCCGCCUGCCCUCCCAGGCCGAGGCCGAUGCUGCCCCCACGUGCCCCUGGCACCAUGGCGCCCUGCUGGGCGCUGAGACGCGCCAGGGGGCUGGAGGUGGCCGUGGCCCCUCGGGUGCCGCCUCCUCUGACCGCUGGCCUGCCCCCUCCGCUGCCUCUUGGCGCGCGUCCGCCUCCUCUGCUCGCCCCUCGCCUGCCGCCACACACAUGCCACUGCAUGGCGCGGCGCAGGGCGGCGUGGGGAACAGGGGCGUGCGGCAGGGGGGCAUGGAGGAAAGGGGAGUGGGGGGAACAGCGAUGCAGCAGGGUGGGGCGGCAUUGGGCGGUGCGAGCAGCAGGGAGGUGAGGAUGCGCAGCGAGGCAGUGAGGCGGGCCGUGGGGUCGUCGUGGGAGGCUUAUUUGAUGCGGCAGCGCGCCAGGCAGCUGGGGGGAGAGCGGCUGGCAGGGGUAGCCAGGCAGCAGCGGGGGGAAGGAGGCAGGCAGGGGAGCAACGCAAGGGAGGGGAUGUGGGGUGAUGCUGUGCAGGGGCGGGGGGAGGGCACGGGAGGAGGGAGAGCAGUGGGCGAGGCAAGGCCGUCGGUGAGAGGGGCUGGGGUGAGUGAGAGGCUUCCUGCUGCUGCUGCUGCUGCAGCGUCUGAUGGGCUGGCAGUGUGGCGCCGUGACCUGAUUGGUGCAGCGAGAGGCACCGUGUUUGCAGACAGGGGGGAGAGGGAGAGGAGGUGGGGAGGUGGGGCAGUGGCGGUGAGGGGAAGGGUGCAAAGGGAGGGCACAGGGGGCAGAGUGAGUGCGAGUGGCAGUGACAGUGGCAGCGGCAGCAGUGGUACGAGCUCAGAUGAGAGCCGCGAGCUGAGCGAGGCCAGCCCCUCGUCCCCACCGCUCACUCCCUCCUCUCUGGCGCCUGUGCUUGGCAGCAGCGGGCAUGGGUCCCCAGGGGGUGCACAGGCUUGUGCAGUGCAUGUGGGGCCGCUGUGCCUCGAGUGA